AUGUACCAUUCUCAACAAAACCCACGAGCGUAUGGCGGAAUAUCUUCCCCUCCCGCGCAGGAGGAGCAAGACGGCAACUCGCUGCUCAAGGAGCUCGAUAAGAUCGCGCCCAUGAAGAGCUUUGAUGCCUUCCCAAAGGUCCAAUCGACGUACACUGCACACUCGCGUAGAGGCGGUGUUCUCACUGUGAUCGUUAGCCUGCUCAUCUUUCUGCUUGUCCUUAACGACCUGGGCGAGUUCCUAUACGGCGAGCCAGAUUACUCGUUCUCCAUCGACUCAGACCUGGAAAAUGACUUGCAACUGAACGUCGACCUCACUGUGGCUAUGCCGUGCCAGUACCUGUCCAUAGACCUACGUGAUGCCGUGGGGGAUCGCCUUCACCUCAGUAGCGCGUUCGCAAAGGAAGGAACCAUCUUUGAAGCUGGCCGUGCGACUCCUCAGAAGCUCGCCAAAGUGUCCAAGGCACCAUCUGCAUCCAAGAUCAUCUCAGACUCGCGACGCUCGACGCCGAACCAGAAGAAGUCGCUGUCUGGCAUGCGCGCACUAUUCUCCAAGGGCACCGAUCAGCUGAAGCACUUCCAGUACCGUCCAACUCACAACUGGGUCAAGGACGGCCCAGCAUGCCGCGUCUAUGGCAGUCUGUCGGUAAAGAAGGUGACGGGCAACUUGCACAUUACGACUCUUGGCCACGGCUACAUGGGCAGCGGUCAUCACACAGACCAUGAUCUCAUGAACCUCACUCAUGUCGUUCAUGAGUUUUCGUUUGGCCCGUUCUUCCCGGCUAUCGCACAGCCCCUCGACAUGAGUCUCGAGACGACGAACCACCCGUUCACCGCGUUCCAGUACUUUCUCCGUAUAGUCCCAACCACCUACAUUGACGCCAACCGCCGCAUGCUCAUGACCUCUCAGUAUGCUGUGACUGAAGCGACUCGCGUGUUGGGUCAUAACGACGCUGUGCCCGGCAUCUUCUUCAAGUACGACCUUGAGCCGAUGACCAUCACGAUCCGUGAGCGGACGACGACGCUGUACCAGUUCCUCAUCCGGCUCGUUGGCGUUAUCGGCGGCGUGUGGACCGUUGCCGCGUUCAGCCUGCGUGUUGCGAACCGCGCCCAGAAGGAGGUGACUAAGGCUGUCGCUGGGGAGAAGGACGUCAUCCCGUCCUCUCUCUCCCGACCUUCAUCAACCAGGCGGAGCUCUUCGUUCCUGGGGAUGGGUUCUGCGUCGCCCGGUAUCGGGCGGACGAAUAGCUGGCUCUCAGUGGAGGGCUCGGGGGAGUGGAAGCGUCGGUAG